AUGGCGCAGGAGCUGGCCUCAAGCUACGCAGCAGACUCACGCAAGCUGGAGCGGAGGGCUGAAAUGAAAAAAAAGCUAUUGGAACCCCCAUAUAUUGAUUCAAUCGAAUGGUCGAAAUGGCAUGUCUUUUGGCUAGAUGAAAGAGUAAUACCAAAGGAUCAUGAAGACAGUAAUUAUAAGCUUGCCAAUGAUGGGUUUCUUUAUAAGGUACCAAUUCUCCCUGGUAAUGUCUAUGCAAUCAAUGAUAAGCUGUCAACUGAGGGUGCAGCAGAUAAUUAUGAGGCUUGUCUAAAAAACUUGGUCAAUAGAAACGUGAUAGCUUUAUAUGAAGCUAGUGGAUUCCCAAAGUUCGAUCUCAUGCUGCUGGGUAUGGGUCCAGAUGGACAUGUGGCUUCUUUAUUCCCAAGCCAUCCUCUACUCAAAGAAAAUGAGAAAUUGGUCACCUUCAUUAAGGACUCUCCAAAACCGCCUCCAGAGAGAAUUACUUUUACAUUUCCAGUGAUCAACUCUUCUACAUAUAUUGCCCUUGUGAUAACUGGUGCCGAUGAAGCUGGAGCAGUGCAAACAGCUUUAGGAAAGAGUCAAAAUUCAGUUAAGCUUCAUGUUCAAAUGGUUUCACCUGAAGGGAAGUUGACUUGGUUUUUGGACAAGGAUGCUGCUUCAAAGCUGUAGAGUUGGAAUGUUAUGUUUGUGUGGUAGUAUGGUUUA